AGCCCCAUUGGCCGAAGCCCAGCUAGGUGGGCUUAUCAGCAGCCUCCUUGGCUUGAUUCGAAUCUAAGGUACUGUAUUUUGCACUAUGGAUGGCAACGUGGGCGUGAAUGGCACUGCAACCCCAGUUUUCCCUAAUGCCCUGGUGCAGCUGCAGUGUGGAGCUGGGAACGUGGUUUCCAGUGCAACAACCAAUGGAUCCGGCAUAUUCUCAAUCCUGUUGGACCCGCUGCAAUUUCUCCUCCCUUCACUGCUGAACAACUGCAACCUAGCAGUCAAAACCCCUCUCUCCAAUUGCAACGCCGCGCUGCCAUCCGUCGGGGGAUUGAUUUUGUCUUUACAGUCUCUAGGAAGCACCCUCGUCGGGCUCCUCAACAUCACCAACAUUGUCCCUGCAGGAUUUCGGCUCUUACCAUCAACUUAACCAGCUGCACAUCCAUCGAAACAUAAA